AUGGCGAAGAAAAAGAAGCCCGCCGGCAACCCCGCACGUGGAUUUGCAACGACUUCCGUCGCCAGCAAACCAAAGCCUGAGAGAAUUUCCCCAGACGUCCCCGCCAAGGUAGUCGCCCCGGUGCCGUCAAAGGAAGCCGCGCCUGCACCAGAACCCACGGAGGUGCUCCAGACGUCCCAGCAGACCGAGGCGGUCAAGCCAGACGUCGCGCCCACUCCAGAGGAACUGGAAGCCCAACUAGAGCGUGAUGAACUUCAGCUGCUUGUUGAGAAGCAUGCGCCCAAGGUCCGCCGCGAAUCUAGUCGACAUGUCUCAAAAUUCCAGACAGACCGUAGGCUCCUCCGCGGCCAGUCGCACGCCAUGACUGUGCACGACUGGCUUCCCAGCGAAAUCUUGGAUAGCAUUAUCCUCCUCGCCCAGGCCGAGUCGAAUGACUCAAAUAGGAGACAAGGGCAACAGUCCCUGCUUAAAACCCUGACCGAAGAGGAUGCCAUGUCUAAACUCUGGACCCUUGAUCUUACCCUACGUGAGCUAGGCUUCUCGCAAGACCAAAUCCAGCCGGUUCUGAGAUGGCUGUGUGCCAACGCCGCCGGUGUCGAUGCAUCCUCCGGUGUAUGGGGGCUCCAAGAAGCGCUGGAAUGGCUUGCAUUGGACCAAUGCGAGGAUCACUCCUUUUCGUACGAAGAAUCGCAGCCUAAGCGUUCAACACUCGAAGAUAUUGACACUUCUCGGCCAACCACACCGCCGCCCCAGCCAUCAGCGAACGGAGCAACCGCAACUGGACCCUCACCUUCCGCAGCACUCAAUGCCUCGGUCCCGGCGAAUUCUGAUGACUCUAACAUUGACGUCAGUGACCUUGAUAGCGACCUAGAACUCGAUGAGCUCAUUCCAGCGUAUCUGAAGAUCAAGGGCAAACUAUUCGAAAUCGAUCCUCAACUAGUCGAUGCUCCUGCACGAAAGUCGCAAAAAGGUGGAAAAUCUAAAAAGUCGGCGCCUCCGCCACCUCAGACUCCGGCUGUUCGGAAGUUGCUUUCUCAGUUGCAACAACUGACCUCCGAUGCCCUCUUUGACGAAGACCAAGCUGAAGCACAGUGGCCCGCGAAGCGUAACCAAAUCGCACAAAGUCAAGCCGAAAAGAGGCAACGUCAGGACGCACAGCCCAGUGAUUCGCCCGUGCAGACCAAAGACACCUCCCUCGACACUCCCGUGUCGGCCAAGGCUGAAGCUACUGCCGCAUCGUCGAAACCUCCAAGCGAGCACGAAGGCGAAGAGGAUGCUGAUCUGCUCGGAGGCAUGUUUUCCGCAGUGCCUGACGCAACGCCUGCCCCAGAGAGUACAUCCAAUGGUUCAAGUGCUGACAAUAUAACCCUGCGCGACUUUGGCAAGAUGAGCGGAAUGUCCCCCCGCAAAGUGCUCGAAGAGGCAGUUCGAUCAAGGGAUGCUGGUGCACGGUUGACUUAUAAGAUGAUCUCGCCUACUACGUAUACGUGCCGGCACUCGCUGACAAUCUUCUGGUCUAAGGAACAAGACUUCGAGUACGACACGGAAAUUUCCGGUGUGGUCUGUACUCCGUACAGAAAGCAGGUCACGCUGGCAGCGAACGAAAUCGCUGCCGUAUCCGUUGAGCAGAGUGAAAGCUUCAUCUCUGUCGCCGCCCUCUUCUCGAUAUCUGCCUCCCUGCUAAAGGAGGAAAAGGUAUAUCUGCGCCUUCCGGCCAACUGGAGGGAGGUCUACAGGGAGUUCUUGGAGCGACGAAAGACACGUCUAGAUGCAGCAGAUCGUGAUGCUAUCAAACACUAUCGCUCAAUCAUAGAAGAUCAGAUCGAGAACGAAGAGUCGGACGGUGUUGUGCUUACGAAUCGCUUCAAGGCGCGCAAUCAGGCCGCGACAAGCUCUAGCACAUCUAACUCUGGCUAUAGCACACCGGUACGGCACUACGACGGUCUGAGAGAGCAAUGGUUCGCCAAAGCAUCAACCCCAUCAUACCAGCGCAUGCUCGUUGGUCGAAUGAACCUCCCAGUCUUCAACUUUAGGGAUGAGAUUUUAUCCACUGUGGACAAGAACCAGGUCACCAUAAUCUGCGGUGAGACUGGCUGCGGAAAGAGUACGCAAAUUCCCGCCUUCGUCCUCGAGCACGAGCUAUCGCAAGGCAAGGCAUGCAAAGUCUACUGCACCGAGCCCCGACGUAUCUCGGCGAUUUCGCUUGCCCAACGUGUGAGCGAGGAACUAGGCGAAGGACCCAAAGAUCUAGGAUCCAUACGUUCACUUGUCGGUUACGCAAUUCGGCUUGAGUCAAAGACUUCCUCCCAGACUCGCUUGGUGUACGCGACGGUGGGUGUGGUAUUACGAAUGCUAGAGUCAUCUGGAGGAUUGCAAGAGGUCACACAUCUGGUCAUUGAUGAGGUUCACGAAAGAUCCAUCGACACAGAUUUCCUUCUGGUCAUACUUCGGUCACUCAUGGAACGCCGACCUGAACUUAAGGUCAUAUUAAUGAGUGCCACGGUAGAUGCCGCACGCUUCUCAAGGUACCUGAACGACGCACCGAUCCUGACAGUACCAGGUCGCACCUUCCCGGUUCAGACUCGAUACCUGGAGGAUGCGGUCGAGUUGACUCAUUACGCUGGAGCAUCCGACGCGACCAAAGCUGCCGCCACGAGCGACAACGACGAGGAUGACGGUAUUACGAGCGAUAAAUCCGGUAUUCCCAACAAGCUUCCAGGUUACAGCCAAUUAACACGCGAUGUGCUUUCUAACUACGUCGAGUAUGCCAUUGAUUACGACCUGAUCACACGAUUGAUCGAGACGGUCGCGUUUGAUCCGCAGCUGAGUCGCUUCAGUAGCGCUAUCUUGGUUUUCCUCCCGGGACUUGCUGAGAUUCGUCAACUCAACGAUAUACUGGCCAGUCAUCCCUCUUUCAAGGCUGACUGGUAUGUGUACCCGCUACACUCCACCAUUUCGAGUGAGGAUCAGCAAGCUGCGUUCCUUGUUCCACCUCCGGGCGUACGCAAGAUCGUGCUCGCUACUAACAUCGCCGAAACCGGAGUCACGAUCCCGGACAUCACCUGUGUUGUUGACACCGGUAAGCACAAGGAGAUGAGGUUUGACGAGCGCAGACAGCUGUCACGUCUGACUCAGUCCUUCAUCUCAAGAGCGAACGCUAAACAACGCCGUGGUCGUGCCGGCCGUGUGCAAGAGGGCCUGUGCUUCCAUCUCUUCACGAAAUACCGCCACGACAGCCUCAUGGCAGAACAGCAAACCCCUGAGAUGCUCAGACUUUCGCUCCAAGAUUUGGUCAUGCGCGUGAAGAUUUGCAAGCUUGGUGAUAUCGAAGCCACUCUUGCUCAGGCACUCGACCCACCCUCCUCCAGGAACAUCCGUCGCGCUAUUGAUGCCCUUGUAGAGGUCGACGCGUUAACGCCGAGCGAAGAACUGACACCUCUUGGUCGCCAGAUUGCGAAACUUCCGUUGGACGCGCACUUGGGCAAGCUUGUACUGCUUGCAAGUACGUUCGCAUGUGUUGAUGUUGCUAUUACCAUUGCUGCUAUCGUAUCUUCGAAGUCUCCGUUCUUGACACCAUUUCAACAAAAGCAAAGAGCUGACAUCGCUCGUCUUGCGUUCAAAAAAGGCGACUCCGACCUCCUCACAACUUACAACGCCUACAGGGCUUGGAAAGCAGUAUGCACUACCCCGGGACGAUCUGAGAUGCAGUUCUGCCACAAGAACUUCCUCAGUCCGCAAAACCUGGGCAACAUCGAGGACCUCAAAGCACAGCUCUUCUCCUCAUUGGUUGAGGCCGGGUUCAUACAACUUACGCCCGACGAGCGUCGCGCGAUAGGCCGCUACCGGAAUACGACACGCCAUCGUGUCUUCGUUGAGGUGCCAGCACAAUACGACAUUCACACCGACAACGACGUUCUAGUCAACUCGGUCAUCGCCACAGCAUUCUACCCCAAGAUCCUGACCCGCGAAGGCAAGGGCUGGCGCAACAUCUCCAACAACCAAACCGUCAGCCUCGGACCAACCUCCGUCAACAAAGGCUCGCGAACAGCCGACUUCCUAUCCUACUACAACAUCAUGCAAUCCAGCAACAAGUUCUACAACGCGCACUCGACCUCAAUCGCCUACCCACUUCCCAUGGUACUCAUGGUCGCUGCCGAUAUGGACUUCAAGCUCCAUGCAGGCGUGAUCAGUCUACCCGGUAAUGUCAUCCGCUUCGCAGUUCGUGAAUGGCGGGCUGCUGUCGCGCUGAAGGUCUUGAGACGCCGUAUCAAGGAGAUACUGGCGAAUAGCUGGAAGAACCCUGCGCGUCAGCUGAGCGAUCGCGAGAAGGAGUGGCUUGGCUUGUUCUAUAGGAUGUUUGAGGAGAGGUUUGAGAAGGACGAGAGGAUUAGGGAGAGGGCUGGUGGGAAGGCGAAGUGA